UGUGGACAUCAUUCUUCAUAUCCAUUUUUCAGAUAUCUUCAUCUUUACAUGAUCAUUUUAUAGUUCAUAUCAUAUAAUUUUCAUGUUCUAAAAUCACCCAAAAAAAAAAAAAAAAAAAAAACCGUAAAAAAAAAAUGGCAGCAGCAACAGCAACAGCAGCAUUAAGCAGCAGCAGUUUACUAGCACCCUGCACCACAAAGCAGCCGCAGCAGCAACAGCAGCAGCUAAUCAAAUGCAAGUCUUUCGCAGGGCUACGUCCCCUGCAGCUCAGCAGCAACAUCAGCCGCAGCAGCAGUAGCCUUUCGAUGUCAGGAAAAAGAAGAGCGAUGACCUGCAGAGCUGAACUGAACCCAUCAUUGGUGAUAAGUCUGAGUACAGGACUAUCACUUUUCCUAGGAAGAUUUGUGUUCUUUAACUUCCAAAGAGAGAACAUGGCUAAGCAAGUGCCUGAGCAGAAUGGAAUGACUCAUUUCGAGGCGGGCGAUACUCGUGCUAAGGAGUAUGUUAGCCUGCUCAAGUCUAAUGACCCUGUUGGGUUCAACAUUGUUGAUGUUCUUGCUUGGGGUUCAAUUGGUCAUAUUGUUGCUUACUAUAUCUUGGCUACUGCUAGCAAUGGUUAUGACCCCAACUUCUUUUAAUCAUUUCUUGAUUAAACAAUUAUGUAUUUGCCCUUUUGAUUAUGUUAUUAUUAAUGUUAUUAUUAUCGAGUGUUGUUGUGUAAUUAACAGAUUGUUCAAAUGUUGUUCCUCUAUAUAUGCCCUUAUCUAAUUUUGUGCCAA